AUUGAGUGUCACGUAGAUGGACGGAUUGUGGUUGUGUUGUAACAAUGGUCGUGGUAAAAAUAAACGGAGCGGGGCAACCUGUUGAUAGUGAUACCUGUCAAGUAUCAUUCGAUGGACUUGGGUUGCUCAUGGUAGGAAUUUGAUUUGCUGUUCUGCAUGCUUGCAUGUACCUUGUUAUCUGAUGCACGGCAGUCCAGGCUAGGGCUGGUGACUGUGAGGACAACCACCAGGUGGAGACCCUCUGUUUCCUGGCAGCAGACUGGACUCCCAGUCACGGGGCUUUUGGCAGACUGGCCCAAACCCUGCCGCAGGCUGUCACUCACCAAAGAGAGUGAAUGGCCAGUCAGCGGUGCGCCUGUGAGUACAGGAUGUGAGGUCUGUUAGAGGAUGACAAAAGGAAUGGAUGAGGUCAUACUGCUGCUGGGUUGGGCGGGAGGCUGCAGUGUGAGAGGCUUGACCGAAAGGCAGCAGCCCCAGCAUUGUACAUCACAGCUGCUGCCUCGAUGGCCACCCCAGCAAGUGGACUUCAGUGAAGGGUGUUAUCCAAGCCUGUUGGUUUUACCCUAUGUGCCAGGGAUCCAGGGGAGCCUGCUGCGAGUCUCCUGAUGGCUCACAGUCCACUUGGCAAGCAAGGUUUACGUCCAUGUGUUCAGUCAGCUGAAGCAGUAGUGGGGCCGAUGGCAGGAGUCACUCUUUGAGCCCCUUUACGGCCAGGCACUCUGUAGGGCACUUCCUGGGGAUGAUUUUAUAAUCUGACCAUGACCUUGGGGGUAGGAAGCCUGAAUUUCACUGGUUUGCCUGGUCUUGGUCCCUCAUAGUAGUUGCCCUCCCCUUUUUGGUGGUCUCAUCCAGGUUCCUGGCUUUAAUGCCCUCUUCCUGACAUCUCCCAUUGCCUUCUCCAGCCCAGGCCUCCCUUCUGAGCUGCUGCCUCUUCCAUGUCUCCAUGUAUUACUUUGAUGUCAAGUAGCCACGUCCAAAAACCAAACUCUGAUCUUCACCCACCCCACAACAUUUCUCAUGCUGCCUUCAUCUCCUCAAUGCAUGACAGCUUUGUUCUUGAGUUUAGAGUCACCUGGAUUCCUCUCUUAGGCUUCCGUGCAACACUCAGGACCAUUUCUUAACACCUCCAGCUUAUCAUGCUACUCUGAACUGCCUGGUGAGCCUCUUAGUUCUUCUCUUUGCUCUCACCCUUGCUCUUCCCUCUACUCACCCAUGGUAGUUUUUCUGGACACAGAAUGGUACUUUUAAACUGUAAGAUAGUGUAAAACCAAGGAAGUGAGGAGGGGAGCCACCUAGCCUGGGUGGUAAAGCAGCUUCACUACUUUCUAGCUGUGUGACCUUGAGCAAGUUGCUUAACUUUUCUGUCUUUAACCUCUCUCCGUGCUUUGUGAGAAUGCCUAAUACUCUUAGAACAGGGCCUGGCUGAGGGUUGGCUGCCACUGCUGUCCUUGGAUCAUGUGACCUCACUGCUUGGACCCUCCUGUCCAGUAGCCCAUCUCUCAAGAUAAGGGCUACAGUUCUUGUCUCACUCCACCCUUCAGCACACUGCUUUUACCUGCACUUCUGCCCCAGGGCCUUUGUUCUUCUCUGUUACCUGGAACAUCCCCUCCUCCCACCCUCCUAGCUCACUCUCUUCUGCCUACAGAUGGACUCUGGCUGCACAGCCAGUCUGCCCUUUCUGAAACUGCUUCCCCUCCCCCAACUCCUUGCUUUGUUUUCUCUGGAAUACUUCUCACCUUUUCUUGGUUGUUUGUCCAUCUCUCCUGCUAAAAUGUGAGCUCUGUGGGGCAGAGAUUUUGUCCAUUGUGUCCUUAGCAUCUAGAAUGGUUACAUGUGCCACAUGGAAAGCAUUCAGCAAACACUUGUUGAAUGAGUAGAACAAGCUUACUAGAGGAAAAUAAGGAACUUACCCAAGACUGCUCCAUUGUGAGCUCUGAACCUUGAGCUGCUGCCCGCUCCCUCCCCCCGCCCCCACCAAGGGCUGGGCAGGCUUUCCUGAUCUCCCAGGGAGAAAGAACGGUCUCUUUCUCUACAGCUCUCUGACUCCACCUUCUGUACCUCUUCCAGGGUCAUUAUCAUCUUUGCUUUGUGCUUUGAUCCUGGCAGCUGCUUGGCCUUAUAACAUGGUGGCAGGUGUCCUCGUCCUGUACCACCCAUUGUUUUCAACCCCCCUCCCCCCGCCAUUUUCAGCCCCGAGAAGCACAGAUUGGAUCUUGAUCUGUGUUCUGUAGUACUGAACAUGCUGACCUGUCUGUCCUUCUCUGAAAUGAUCUUUGUUGGUUGCCAGGAGACUGGCCUUAUUACACUUGGUGCUCCUCCUGCCUGUUCGGUUGUAGCCACCUUAGCGUUUACCGCAGGUCUGUGUCUUGUUAUCCACAUGCUGUAUUCCCUUGAUCUUUAGCACCUUUAACAGAUACACCUUUGGGGGAAGUAUCAUUAAAUUUCCAUUGAAUUCAGAAAUGUAAGGACAUCUUAGAAUCUAGGAAACGAGAGUGACAGCUCAGUGGUCAUGGCCCUUCCAACUGCAUCCAGGCGGUGGGGACCUUGUUUCUUGUUGGUGGUAGUACAUCCCUUAGAGUAGAUGGCCAGUGAAUAUUGAUUGAAUGAAUUAAUUAAAUCUAAACAAAUCUCUGGUUUUUACGUUGCAUCACCUUGAAACUACAACCACCACGCUCUAGUCCUUCACUGUAAACUUCUUAAAUGUGUGAUGUCUGCUGUCUUCUGUUCUAUCUGUGCAGCCAGUCAAGCUGCCCUGGGUGGGCAUGGGCAUGCAUGUGCAUAUCUGCACCCAUAUGCAUGGCAUGUUCAUGCGUGUGUGUGUCAGCAUGGCGUGGGAGUGUGUGUGCAUACACAUUUGCGUCUGCACGUGCUUCUCCUGCUUUGAUGUCUGGCCCUCCCUCGGACCUCUGGGUUUUUGGAUUGUCCCUCUGACCUGCCUUUUCAUGUCAUCCGUUUUGUUGUCCUUUCUCUGAAGGGAAGCUUCCCAGAGUGGCAUCCUCAACCCUCUUCUUGGUCUAUGUUGCUUCUCUGGGCAGCCUCUCUACUGUGAUUUUGGCAACUACCACCUCGCUGAUGUGUUCUGUCUGGCCUUCUGUUUCUGGGCCAGUCACAGUUGCAGAGCUGCCGCCUCAGACCUGUUGGACAGGUCUGCCUGGAGGCUCCGUCCAUUCUCCUCUGCAGGCUUCUGCCUGAAUACUGGAACACGGGGACCCUCCAGGGGAGAAGCCUCAUUCACCUUCAGUUCCCUCUUGUCUCUGCUCUCCACCUCUGCACGGUCAGCAGUGUGGUCAGUUCUGUGUCUUCACUGUUCUUGAGGGCUCCAGCCCUGUCAGCAGAGCCUCUUUCACACCUUUGUCCUCUGGCUUGGAGGACUGCCUUGUAUGCCUUGGGCAUAGGCACUGGGCCUGGCACAGCAGUCAGUCCCCUUUUUCAAAUAGGGACUGAAUUGUGGUGUGUGAAUCACUUGACCCUUGGUGGCUCCUUAUUGCCCCCAGGAUGGAGCCAGGCCCCAGAUGGCACCCAGGACUUCCUGUGCCUUGGCUCCAGCUGUCUCCUGAGGCUCCCCCGACCGACCCUGGCCAGGUUCCCUUCCCCACAGCCACCACCCCCUCCUCUACUGGGAACAGAACCAUGCCACCUCUGGCGACCUCAGCACGCUGCAUCACUGUCCCGGUCCACGUGCCACCUUGUGGGCCCAGGAGAGCCCUGGGGUCCCUGGGUAGCAGAGCGCCUGGCCGUAUCUCUGAGGCCCUAGUGCCGCAGAGUUGAGCUGAGGGUCUCGCACUCGCCCUCUGACUGACCCAGCCCUAGCAGGUGGAAGAAGAAAGGUGCCACUUUGGCAUGAAGACAGACUCGCUUAGUCGUCAGUCAUUUAAGCUGAGUGCAUUGUGAUUUCCAAUAAUUGAGGCAGUGGUUCUAAAAGCUGUCUACAUUAAUGAAAAGAGCAAUGUGGCCAGCUUGACUAAGCCGCCAGCGUGUGCAGCGCGGGCAGGACGGUACCCGGGUCUCAACGGACUUGUGCAUGUUAGCUGUAUAGAUUUAUGUAAGGUUUUUUAAAACUCUGGUCUUUUAAAAUAGUCUUAACCACUUUUACUAUGGAGACAUAUGAGAGUCCCUCUCCUCUCCCGCGUGAGCCCGCAGGAGAAGCAGUGAUGGAGAACCGAGCUUGCCCCCUCCAAGCGCUGCCCCGUGAACAGUCUCCACCACCUCCCCUGCAAACGUCCAGUGAUGCAGAGGUAAUGGACGUUGGCUCUGGUGGUGAUGGACAGGCCGAAUCCCCUGCUGAGGACCCGCUCAACUUCUACGGAGCUUCUCUUCUCUCCAAAGGAUCCUACUCUAAGGCCCGCCUCCUCAUAGACCCGAACUGUAGUGGCCACAGCCCACGCACCGCCCGGCACGCACCUGCGGUCCGGAAGUUCUCCCCUGACCUUAAGUUGCUUAAGGAUGUAAAGAUUAGCGUGAGCUUUACCGAGAGCUGCAGGAGUAAGGACAGGAAGGUGCUGUACACAGGAGUGGAGCGCGACGCUCGCGCAGAUUGCGGUCUGGCCCUUAGCCCUGUCAGUGGAGACGUGCAUGCUUGUCCUUUUGGCGGGAGUGUUGGGAACGGGGUAGGCGUAGGGGGUGAGAGUGCUGAUAAGAAGGAUGAGGAGAAUGAGCUGGAUCAGGAAAAGAGAGUGGAGUACGCAGUGCUCGAUGAGUUAGAAGAUUUUACUGACAAUUUGGAGCUAGAUGAAGAAGGAGGAGGCGGGUUCACGGCUAAAGCAAUCGUGCAGAGAGACAGAGUGGAUGAAGAGGCCUUGAACUUCUCCUAUGAGGAUGAUUUUGACAACGAUGUCGAUGCUCUGCUGGAAGAGGGCCUUUGUGCUCCCAAAAAGAGGCGAAUGGAAGAGAAAUAUGGAGGAGACAGUGACCAUCCGUCUGAUGGAGAGACAAGUGUGCAGCCAAUGAUGACCAAGAUUAAAACAGUGCUAAAAAGUCGUGGCCGUCCUCCUACGGAACCAUUGCCUGAUGGAUGGAUCAUGACAUUCCAUAACUCUGGAGUCCCCGUGUACCUACACAGAGAGUCUCGGGUGGUCACCUGGUCCAGGCCGUACUUCCUGGGAACGGGAAGCAUACGGAAACACGAUCCUCCUCUGAGUAGCAUUCCCUGUCUGCAUUAUAAGAAAAUGAAGGAUAAUGAGGAAAGAGAGCAAAGCAGUGAGCUUGCCCCCAGUGGGGAAGUGUCCCCUGUCAAGCCGCUGAGCCGAUCUGCGGAGCUGGAGUUCCCCCUGGAAGAGCCUGACUCCAUGGGAGCUGACUCAGGGCCCCCUGAUGAGAAGGACCCGCUGGGGGCUGAGGCUGCCCCUGGGGCCCUGGGGCAGGUGAAGGCAAAGGUCGAGGUGUGCAAGGAUGAAUCAGUUGAUCUUGAGGAAUUUCGGAGCUACUUGGAAAAGCGUUUUGACUUUGAGCAAGUCACUGUGAAGAAAUUCAGGACUUGGGCUGAGCGGCGGCAGUUUAACCGAGAAAUGAAACGUAAACAGGCAGAGUCUGAGAGGCCCAUCUUGCCAGCCAAUCAAAAACUCAUCACUCUGUCUGUGCAGGAUGCACCCACAAAGAAAGAAUUUGUCAUUAACCCCAACGGGAAGUCCGAGGUCUGCAUCCUGCACGAGUACAUGCAGCGAGUUCUCAAGGUCCGCCCUGUUUAUAAUUUCUUUGAAUGUGAGAACCCAAGUGAGCCUUUUGGUGCCUCGGUGACCAUUGAUGGUGUGACCUAUGGAUCCGGAACUGCAAGCAGCAAAAAACUUGCGAAGAAUAAAGCUGCCCGAGCUACGCUGGAGAUCCUUAUCCCUGACUUUGUCAAACAGACCUCUGAGGAGAAGCCCAAAGACAGUGAAGAACUUGAGUAUUUUAACCACAUCAGUAUCGAGGACUCACGGGUCUACGAGCUGACCAGCAAGGCCGGACUGUUGUCUCCCUAUCAGAUCCUUCACGAGUGCCUUAAAAGAAACCAUGGAAUGGGUGAUACAUCCAUCAAGUUUGAAGUGGUUCCUGGUAAAAACCAGAAGAGUGAAUAUGUCAUGGCGUGCGGCAAACACACAGUGCGCGGCUGGUGUAAGAAUAAGAGAGUUGGAAAACAGUUAGCCUCUCAGAAAAUCCUUCAGCUGCUGCAUCCACAUGUCAAGAAUUGGGGGUCUUUAUUGCGCAUGUAUGGUCGCGAAAGCAGCAAGAUGGUCAAGCAGGAGACCUCGGACAAAAGUGUGAUUGAGCUGCAGCAAUAUGCCAAGAAGAACAAGCCAAACCUGCACAUCCUGAGCAAACUACAGGAGGAGAUGAAGAGGCUGGCUGAGGAGAGGGAGGAGACACGAAAGAAACCCAAGAUGUCUAUUGUGGCGUCUGCCCAGCCUGGUGGCGAGCCCCUGUGCACUGUGGACGUAUGAGGGAGGCAGCAGGGUCAGGCGCGGGGACUGCCAGCUCUGCUGCCAGGGAGACCUCACGCCACUCACUCUGCAGCCUCGGGCCUCCGAUCGGAGUUCCUCCCCUGCGGCCAGGCUUCUGCCGUCAGGGCCAGAGGGGUGGGGCUCUGGUGCAUGGGGACAGCAGGGCCACGAAGCUCUUCCUUGGGGGCCGCCCACAGGUCUGAGUGGGCGUGUUCAAGGAUGGACUCUGCUUGUCCACACAGGUGGAAGCCAAGAGCUUGACAAUAACCGUGGAUAACCUCUGCUUAUGUGGACUUGCUGCAGACUGGUUUGAUGAAGGUUUUCAUGUGUGUCAGUACAUAACAUGCACUGACAAAUGUCAGAUAAAAUGAGAAAGUGGUGGCAAAGUUCUGUGGUACCCUGUGCCCAGGGUUCCCGCAGACCACUGCAGGGACCUGGUCAGAAGGCGCACGCUGGGACCCCCAUCCCCUUCCCUGCCUCUUGUGUUUUUCCCUUUUUCUCUGAAAAGGUUACAACAGGAAGGAGUAUUUCAGACCUUUUUGGUUUAAAAUAAACACAAUUUUAGAAUCAGAACUAUUUUUCAGAGAUUGUAGGCAAACCCUCAAGGUGAUUAUUUGCCAUCCUUGAAAUGCAUUGCCAGUGUAUGCCUGGCUUGUUGCCUUGGUCCUGGGUUGGCGUGCGGUCCAUUUUUCUGAGUAAGUCUUAAUGUCCUAAAAACACGCCUUCUUAAGACACUGAGGCCCCUCACCUUCACUGGCCUCUGGCAACUUUUUACUAAUGAUUUUUGCACAGUCAAGUCCAUCUGUCCACCCAUCAAUUUUUAAAGCUUUUAUGAAAUUUUAGCAUUUGGAAAGAAACUUUUACAGUGAGAGUAGAAGGUAGAUUUGGAGUCACGUAGCAGAUAUAAACAAGUUAAUGCAUUUUAGCACGGGGAUUUUAAAAGAGGAAAUAAGGACCCUCAGUGCAAUCCAUCCGUGAUCACAAAGUGGCGCUCUUCUCCAGACCUGGCAUAAACACAUGGACGGUGGCUGUCUUCCCUGUGACAAUGGCUUCACUGGAUUUCAAGGGCAGUUGCCCUAUGCAUCCAGGCCUGGUGGCCAGCCUGUUACUUUGACCAGCAGCCUGUGUUUUCCAAGUGGCUCCUGUGGACCAGUGCAGGGAUAAGUGUGUUCCUGCCCUGAACCCCAGAGGAUGUGGGUGUGCUUAGGGCCCUUGGUUAUCCCCAUGUGCAAGGUACAGGUAGUCAUCAGUUCCCUGUCACCAGGGCGUGCUCAGGGUGCUGUGUGCUCAUGGUGCACUGUCAGCUGCAGGAGCCCAGUGCUGGGUUGCAUUGUCACAUUCCACGGGUGUGCCUGUUCUCCAUCAUGUCCCCCGUGGUUGGUGUUGAUGGCAUUUAUUUUCAGGAAGACAAUGUUGGGUCUUGUGUGCCACCCACAGUGUAUCCCUCCCUUGCCACCUAUGUGACUGAGGUUGGCUUCUGUGUUGACGUUCAUAAACAAAACCCUUAAAUCAAGUUGCUGUAAUUAGACACUUGCUUCUGUCUUGCCUCCUGUCUGCAGCUGUGAAUAAUCAUUUGUGUUUGCUCUCAGAACAGCCAGAUGCGCCAUUGUGAACCAAAGCUUCGUGCACACGUUAAUAGAGGCAGCGAGCUUUGCUGCAGCCUCCCUGUGUCCUUCCUCCGUCCCUCCUAUGUGGGUGUGAGUGUUGUGUGCACACAGCCAUGCUGUGGCUGCAGAGGGCAGGUGGAGCCUGUACUGAUGCCACCUCCAUGUGGCCACUGCCUGUUGUGUACCUUCCAGGUGGUGGCUAAGCUGUGGCUUUAAGGGUGAGCCUUGAUUGUCUGAAUGCAUAAAGCAAAACUGUCCCAAAAGGGAA